AUAUGUUACCCAUUUUUAUAGCACCUUCAUAAUUUACUUUUUUCCCUUAUCUUGUCAAAUUAACUAUUUGAUCACAUGCAUGCUCACUUUUGUUUUUUCUCUUCAUAUCUAUUAACAGUCUUACUCCCUUUUCGAAUAAAAUAAAAAUAUGAACUGUCCUAAAGAUUUAUGGUAAGUAUGACACUCUCAGCUCAAAAAGGAAUCACUUUAAUGGAAGGAUAAAUAAGAUAACAACAAGUGAGGAAAAAGAAAACAUGACAGACAUGGACCACAGUCACAAACUCAACUGAUGACAAGAUAACAAUCAUAACAGGGAUCAAAAAUCCCCUUAUAACAACAGCUAAGCACACCAUAUAAUAACAUGCUGUUACUCUCAAACCCCUAAUCCAAUUCAGACCACGAAAAAACCAACUACAUCAGCUCAUGGCAACCCCCAACCCCACCAGAUUCUCCCUUGCCAUGGAGAGAACCGGGCAAUGGGUUUUCUCCCCAGAAAUCCCCACCGAUGUUAUUGUUGCAGUUCGACAAACCAAUUUUUCUCUCCACAAGUUUAUUCUGGCGGCGAAGAGUAACUACGUCAGAAAAGUGAUAAUGGAAUCAGAGGAGAGUGACCUAACAAGAAUAGAGAUUUCCGACAUACCUGGAGGAUCAGAAGCUUUUGAGAAAGCGGCGAAGUUCUGUUACGGCGUUAACUUCGAGAUCACGGUUCACAACGUGGCGGCGCUGCACUGCGCCGCUGUGUUCCUCCAGAUGACCGACGAGUAUUGCGACGGAAACCUCGCCGGAAGGACGGAGGAUUUUCUCUCUCAGGUCGGCCUCUCCACGCUCCACAGCGCCGUCGCGAUUCUCAAAUCCUGCCAAAAGAUUCUCCCCUUCGCCGCCGAGGUCAACGUCGUUGACCGCUGCGUUGAGGUCAUCAGCUGCAAGGCUUGCAACGAGGCGAAUUUUCCGAGCCAGUCGCCGCCGAACUGGUGGACGGAAGAGCUCGCCGUGCUCGACGUGGAUUCCUUCGCGAAGGUGAUCGCCGCGAUGAAGCAGCGUGGCGCGAAGUACCUAACUGUCGCCGGAGCGUUGAUUACGUACACCGAACGCGCGCUGAGGGAGCUCGUCAGGGAUCACUCCGGCGGCGGAAGAGGAAUCCGGUCACCGGAAUCCGGAGACUCCGAUUCGGAGUCGAAAAGAAGCGAACAGCGCGAGCUUCUGCAGGCUAUCGUUCCUCUCUUUCCGACGGAGAAAGCCGCGUUUCCGAUCAACUUCCUCUGCUGCCUCUUGCGGUGUGCGAUCUACCUCCGCGCGUCGAGCGCGUGCAAGCGCGAGCUGGAGAAGCGCGUGACGGAGAUUCUCGAGCACGUGACCGUCGACGACCUCCUCGUGCUCACGUUCUCCUACGACGGCGAGAGGCUCUUGGAUCUGGACAGCGUGAGGAGGAUUAUCUCCGGUUUUGUGGAGAGGGAGAAGGGCACGACGGUGUUCAACGCCGGCGUCAACUUCAACGAGGACUUCUCCGCCACGAUGCAGCGCGUGGCCAAAACCGUCGACUCGUACCUCGCUGAGAUCGCCGCGUACGCCGAACUCUCCAUCUCGAAAUUCAACGGCAUCGCCAUCCUCAUUCCCAAAGGCGCGAGAAAAUCCGACGACGAUCUAUACCGCGCCGUCGAUAUCUACCUCAAGGUGCACCCGAACCUGGACGAGAUAGAGAAGGAGAAAGUGUGCAGUGUAUUGGACACGUUAAAACUGUCCUACGAGGCGCGUGUGCACGCGUCGAAGAACAAGCGUUUGCCGCUACAGAUCGUGCUUCACGCGCUGUACUACGACCAACUACAAAUAAGGAGCGGUACGGCGGCGGACAAGCAAGCUGUGGUGGCGGCGGCGGAGAAAAAACAGCUGCAAGCUGACGUGUCCUUGGUGAGGGAGAACGAGGAGCUGCGGUCGGAGCUGAUGAAGAUGAAAAUGUUCAUUUCCGAUUUGCAGAAGAAUGUUCACGGAACGUCGUCGUCUGGGAGGGAGAAUAUUGGGCCCACUAAAAAGCCCACGUUCUUCUCGUCCAUGUCCAAGAAACUGAGCAAGUUGAACCCGUUCAAGAAUGGGUCUAAGGACACGUCACACAUCGACGAUGCCCCUGUGGACUUGACCAAGCCCAGAAAGAGAAGGUUCUCCAUUUCCUAGGUUUGCUUUCCUUAGUCAAUUCCAAGCUUUGUCAAAAAGAAUUUUAAAUUUUUUGAAGUAAUUACGUUUUCUCUCUUGAUUGUUAAUUUUUUUCAUGAAAGUGUCAAUUUGUAAUUAAGAAAAAAGUGAGACGUGAUUGGAUUUCUUAAAUUAGAUUUGGUCAUAUCUCUAUGUUAAGAUGUAUUUGAUCUGGAUAUAUAGGAACAUCCUAGUUUCAAUAUGAAUUAAUGAGAAUUAUAAUAAAAAUGCUUUGAGUCGUGCUAACUUUUGGGUCUA